GGCGGCGGCAGCUGGGAGCGCAUACCAUUGGAGAGGAGAGGCGUACAGCUGCGGCACCAGCACACACCAACAGCACACACCACCAGCACACACCAGCAGCACACACCACCAGCACACACCAGCAGCACACACCAGCGCAGAGCCGGAGCAGCUCAGCCUCACCUCGCAGGGAAGACGCAGAGGCAGCAGCAGCAGCAGCAGCAGCAGCAGCAGCGGGAACAUGCUGCCGCUCCGGCCGUCCCAUUGACUCAUCCCACCGACAGAAGGCUGCUCUGCGGACCCACACACCUCGAUCCCCCGGCAGGACCUCCGCGCUGCAGAGGGAGCAUUUGAACAUAUAUAUAUAUAUUUUAUAUCGGAAGACCUGCUGGACUUUGUGUAGCAGCCAUGGGCAGCAAGACUCUGCCAGCACCCGUGCCUCUCCACCCAUCCCUCCAGCUGGCCAACUACUCCCUCCUCCAGAGCUCCACCGGCCUCCAGCUGCCAGCAGACCAUUUUCACAGCAUCUACAGCUUCAGUGCCUUACACGCCAUCCAUCUCCAUCAGUGGACCCUCGGCUACCCGCCUUUGAAUCUGCCCCGCUGCACCAUUUCCAAGCUGCCAGCUCAGUUUUCCUCCAUGGCCUCCAUCCCCAUAUUCCCCCACCUCUUGCAACCCAAGCAGGGUGCCGCAGGGCUGCUGCAGAGCUCCAAGAACAAGCCCCGUUUUGACUUUGCCAACCUGGCGGCAGCAGCCACCCAGGACGACCAUCUGAAGGCAGAGGACCUGAGCAUGACGGGUGCUUCUGCAGCAGCACAGGCGUCACCUCACCACGCGACCUCAGUUGGCCUUGGAUGCCUCCUGGAUGUGACCAAACUCUCCUCACCGGAACGCAAGUCCAGCCGAGGCCGACUGCCCUCCAAGACCAAGAAAGAAUUUGUCUGCAAGUUCUGCGGCCGCCAUUUUACCAAAUCCUACAAUCUUUUGAUCCACGAGAGGACGCACACGGACGAGAGACCAUAUACCUGUGAUAUCUGCCACAAGGCCUUCAGAAGACAGGACCACCUUCGGGACCACAGGUACAUUCAUUCCAAAGAAAAGCCCUUCAAAUGUCAGGAGUGCGGGAAGGGCUUCUGUCAGUCCAGGACUCUGGCUGUCCACAAAACAUUACACAUGCAGGUCAAGGAACUGAAGCCAGCCAAGAUCAAGUGAUCGACUCUGCCAGCAGGGGAAGGACAGGGACACUGGAAAAACCAUGACCAAAGACGACAACAGGCAAAGAACAACCAAAGACUUUUUUUUACUUUCAGCAGUAGAAAGAGAGCCCUCGGCUUCUGUGUUCACACUCGUCAAGGAUGAAAUAUUUUACCAGACAAUUCUUAAAGACAUAAUACUGCAAUAAGCCUUUGUGGAUAAGUGUAUGCUUAGUUAUCAAAGCCUGACUUGGCAGAGAACCCAGUGGAUGUGUGGAAUGUGAAAUCGACCUGAAAAAAAACCUGUGGCUGCUCAGUGCAAAUAAUUUGCUCAGAAGCUUAUAAUCCAAAGACUUUAUAAAAAAGGGACACAACUCUCAUGUAAUUUUUUUUUACAAAAACUGAGAAUGAUCAAAGCCAUGUUCGUAUAGACACAUUUUCAUCCUUUUCAAUAUCACAUUCCAAUGAUAUUUUUGUACAGAUGCAUUAUAUCAAAAUGUAUUUUUGCACUUUAACCUGAUUAUUGAUUAUUUACAUAUAUCACUGGAUUUCUUAAACUUAUUUUCAGAAUGAAUAAUCAUUUCUAAAUAAAAUAUUUUACUGUAACUGGUUUGUCUGAGUGAAGGUUUAUCACAUGAGGUCAAAAUGUACAUCAGGUGGUCAUCAGUCACCACACAAUUUCAGUUAAAACUCAUCAUGAGCAAAGUAGUGCCGAUGACGAGGAUCUGCGUGAUGAGGUAAAAAGACCACUUAUUCUUCACUAACUUUUAAAUCUAAAUUGAAACUUUUUUUUCCACUUGUUGAAUCUCAAUAAGAUUUCAAUAUUUUAAGGGAAGAAUGAAGCACUUAGGCUAAAUGCUAACAUUAGCAUGCUAAC